UUUUGUAUUUUUACAUUAUUGGUGUAGUUGACGUUUAAUGAAAACACGUAUAGAUAGCAUUUUGUAUGUUGCACAUGCGAUGUUUUUUUUGGGCUAAGAAUUUUUUCACUCACUUUUUUCUUUGUAUCUCUCAGUAGUCUCCCACUUUUCAGAUCAUAUGUUUUGUCUAGGAUAUUUAUUUAAAGCUCUUUAGUCAUGAUCACCGGUGGGACUAGUCGAUUGAAAAAGUGCGCAUUAAGUUGGAGAAGGGCCAGCAAAGCUUGCACGUCAUGUUUUCAAAUGUCUGUGGUUACUUUCCACUCAGCAAUUCUUCGUUACAAAGACGACGAAAAUAUUAUUAUUAUUGUGUUGUAGUUAGAAUAUUAUAACCAUUUGUAUCCUCAAUUGCAACGUGAAAUUAAUUUAUCAUAGUUGAUGUCAUGCAUCCCUCUAAGGGAUUGUUUCGAAACGUCUUUUUUCAGCCUUACAAUGAUAAGGGAAAUGUGAAAUUGUACACAGCUGCUAAAGAUAGUAAGCAUUUAGUAGAAAGAUUAUCAGUAGAAAAAGUAUUGGAAAAUCACCGUGGAUGCGUUAACUCAUUGAAUUGGAAUGAUUCUGGUAGUCUUUUACUAUCUGCUGGUGAUGACAAACGUUUAAUAAUUACAGAUCCAUUUUCUUAUAAAGUGCAUCUUGAUUAUCUGACUAAUCAUAGAACAAAUAUAUUUUGUGCUAAAUUUUUAGCUUCUACAAAUACUAAAAUUAUAUCUUGUGGAGGAGAUGGAGCUAUUUUAAAUCUUGACAUAGAACGACUAGAAGAUACAAGUUGGAAUUUUUUCACUUGUCAUAAAGGUACGUGCUAUGAACUAGAAACAAUACCAGAUGAUUCAUACAGUUUUAUAAGUUGUGGAGAAGAUGGUACAGUUAGACAGUUUGAUCUCAGAAAUCGAGUGAAAUGUACAAAACGUCAUUGUCCAGAGGUUGUUUUGAUGGAUUGUGGCAAUCCAGUUACUGCUAUUGCAAUAAAUUCAGUUCGACCUUACCAACUUGCUGUUGCAACAUCAGAUAGCGUUAUUAGGAUAGUUGAUAGGCGUAAAAUAAUCCAAUUAGAUGCAACUAAGAAAAUUAUUCCAGAUUAUGCUUUUACAGUUCCACAUUUAAAUCAUCGUUCCUAUCGGGUGACAUCUUUGUCAUUUUCACAUGAUGGGGAGGAUGUACUAGCUAAUUAUUCUAAUGAAGAUUUAUAUUUAUUCAGUAUACAUGAUAAUUAUCCUAAAGAACCAAAGGUUGUUAAUGAUUAUUUAAUUAAUUCAUCAAAACCACCUCCAUAUAGACAACUUAGGUUGAGAGGUGAUUGGACUGAUACUGGUCCUUUGGCUAGACCUUCAAAUGCCUCAUCUGCUAGAUCAAGGAUUCAAUCAACAUUAAUGGAGAGGAUGACUGUGAUGUUAAUACAUAUGCUAAAUACUCCUUCAUUGCGAUCAGUUAUCAUGCAAGAUUGGAGACCUAGUUACUUUUUGAAUCCAUCUAGAAUAGAAGUCAGAAAUAAUAGUAAUGAAGUUAAUGUAUCAUCAAAUGUUCAUGAUGAAAUUUCAGAAGAAAAUAGAAAUGAUGAUGUUCCUAUGGAAAUAGAUACUGAAUCUACUAAUACUUUUAAUACAUCACAAAAUAGGAAUCAUGUUGAAGAGUCUAAUUCAAUCAGUAAUCAAACUACUGAGAAGUUUAAGUUUUUAAAAAAAAAAUAUCCACAAUAUCCAGAAUUUGAUGAUAAUGUCCCUAUUCAAUGCAUAAAAGCACAAUACAAAGGCCAUCGAAACUCUAGAACUAUGAUUAAAGAAGCUGUGUUUUGGGGCAAUAAUUUUGUAAUGGCUGGUAGUGAUUGUGGUCAUGUAUUUGUGUGGGAUCGUUAUACUUGUGAAAUAGUUAUGUUAUUAUUAGCUGAUUCUCAUGUAGUCAAUUGUAUUCAACCACAUCCAUCAUUACCUUUAUUAGCAACUUCUGGAAUUGAUCACAAUGUGAAAUUAUGGAGUCCUCUUACUGAAAAAAGUUUGUUUCAUAAAUCUUUUGUUGAUGAAUUAGUUGAAAGAAAUAAGUUAAUGAUGGAGGAGUUAAAGGAUACUAUAACAGUACCAUCAUCAUUUAUGAUGAGAAUGUUGGCAUGUGUUAGUCAUGUUAGACGCGGAGGUAGAAAUAUUAGUGGAAGUCUUGGCGAACUUCGGGUUUUGUUAAAUCGAUUACCUGAACCACAAAUUUUAAGCAACCAGAGAUUAGCGGAAUCUAAUGAAGACUUAUCUAGUGAUAACUCACAAGUAAAUGAAAGCGAAAGUGAAUUAUAGAAUAUUUUAAUUUAAUUUAUUAUAUAAAUAUAUAUAAACUGUAUAUUUAAUAUAUAUAUAAAGUUUUAACUUAAAUCAAUUAACUGAUUAUAAAGAAAAAUUGUAUUGUUUUAGUCAAGUUUGUAUAUUGCAUAUAUAUAAAUAUACUUUGUAUUUUUUUAAAUAAGUAAAAUAUUACCAAUUGUUGAGAGUAUUUAGAAGAAAAAACACCCUGAACAAUUUGUAGUAAAAUUCAUUACUAUUAAAGAUUAAUAUUUAAUCAUUGUAAAAUCUUAAAUUUAAUACACUACACAAUUGCAUAUUGGUACUAGCAUUUCUAACCUAUUAAUUACUAAAAAUUAGGAAAUAAAUAAAUUUUCUGUUGCUAUAUUUAAUAAUUAUUAUACAAUUGAAAAAUAAUUAAGAUUAAGUCAAUUUAUUUAUUUCUUCAUAAGUGUGUUGCUGUCAUAGUUGUUAUUUACACUAUUACUUAAUAAUAAGAGCAUAGGUGUACUUGAAUGAAUGUUAAGGGAGGCUACAUUAAUUUUCUUCUUAUUUGAAGAAAAUAUUUUAUGAGAAAUAUAAAUAUAAUUUUCGGACAUUUUUUGGAGUGGGUAGGCUACCCAUAUAGCUCCCUUUUCAGCGUGUCAGUGAAAAGAUGGAGAAUGAAUUAGUUACUUUAUAAAAGAAAAAAAUGCUUUAUUAUUGAAACCUACAAUCUUAAUGAGCGAUAUAAAGCACCUAUUGUAAUUUAACUCUUAACUAACAUAACUGUUAAGAAUGGUUGUUAAUAUAAAAAUAAUUUUUGUUAGUUUGAAAUUUUAUUUAAAGAAAAAUGUAUUUAUAUUUAUUAUUUUGAUUUGUAUUUAAUUAGGAAGAUUAUUUUUGUAUAUUAGACUGGUAUUUAUAUUUAUAAUAGAACAGUUGAUUAUUUUAUACUUAUUUAAUGAUAAUAACCAAAGGACAAAUUUAUUGUCUCUGUUUAUACGAGUAUACUAAAAUUAGCAUUCAUAUUAUUUAUAUGUGAAUGAUAUUUUUUUACGCCUUGUUCUUUAUGUGCUUAUAAGUUAUAAUGAUUAA